AGGGGAAGACAACAACGUGAAAAUGGCCGCGGCCGAUAUAGUUGCGACAGUCCCCGAAGACGACGAAGAUUGGUUAUACGGCGGUAAGGAAACGUGAUAUAUUUUAAUUUGUUAUUUUGAAAAAACAAAAUUUGAUUUGUUCUGUUUUUUUUAAAUUAAAAAUUAUUAAAAUCAACCAUAAUACUUAAUUAAAAUUAUGUCUUCCAAAUGAUAAUGAUAACUCAGUCAGUAGAUACUUUUGUCAAAAAUGUAAACAUUUUUUAAAAAUAAACCAAUGGCACAGUUGAAUAGAGCUAAUUUUAAACAUAAUUAUAACACCAAAAUCAUAUUUUUAGCUGUUGUAGUUUUAAAGUUAUGAAUUUUUAAAGUACGACUUGGUUUGUCAUUUUUUAACAUGGACUUCAUCUCCACAUUCUGUGACCUCAUUCCACUGAUCGCGUCAUGCGCAAUGACUAUAUAGUUUAUAUAAGGCAACGCAUUCCCUAUCACUAAAAUACUGUUUAGGGUCGACUUAUUUUAAACUUUCAACUUUGGCACAUGAAUAAUUAAUAAAAGCUUUCCCUGACCAAUGGUUUAAUAGCUUUUGCACACGGCAAACUCUUAUGAAUGAAACUCUGAGAUAGUACUACGACGUAGCCGUUAUGCAAGUGGCUGUGAAUGGUUGCCAAUGACAACGUGUUGCACAGGGAAAAUUCUGAUCAUUUAUAAUAUGGACUCUGCAGGGUUUUUAAAGCUCAAAUUAAAACAUUUCCAGUUUAAAUGUCUUCAAAAUGCAUUCUGAAACACAAAAUAUAAAAUAUUUUGAUGUAUAUAGUGGUAAUAAUUAAAUAUUUCCUAAGUAUCGGCAACUUCCGCCAUUAAAAAGGGGGCGUGGCCCACGCCAUGUCGAAAUUAGGCUGAGCCACCUUAUGGUGAUAUGGGUCACUGUGACAAGUGUAACAAACGUGAGACAUGACCUACAUCAAUGAAACUUGGCACAAAUAUAGAUCAAUAUCUAAUGCUCAUACAGAUUUAAUCAAAAAGGACCUUAUCUAAUUAUUUCACAAAAAAUUUUGUAUGCGAAGAUGCCUUAUAUAUACCAAAGAUUUUCAAAAUAAAGGUCGAUUGAAAAAAGCAAAAUAGCUGGCUAGAAAUGUAGGCCAAGAUGUCUUCCAAAUUAUAAGGCCGGAAACGGAACUCAAAUAUAUGUGGAAAGAACUAAUUUAAUAAUAAAUAGACACACACAUCGGAAAAUUAAAAACUCGCAUUUUUCGGCGCCGACAGCCAUUUCCGAUACAAAAAAAAUAGUAGUCUCCCUUGUUUCAUCGAAGUAUCUACUCAGUCAGUAACUCAGUCAGAUAACGCGAAAAUGCCGAGAAUAAAAAAAAUAUCGAUAUUAAUAUAUAUUGGUAUUGGAGUUAAAAAUAUAAGCUUGUCUAUUUGAAUUAGUUAUAGCAAUUGGGCCUAUUUUAAAAAUAGUUAGGCCUAGGCCCAGUACUAUAUACAAUAGAAAAAAAAACUGAAUGAAUCCAUAAAUAAUAAUUAGGGAUCGAUUUAAGGUUCGGGUUAGGCAUAGGGAUCGAUUUAAGACUUAAAAAGUGCGCGCAUGGAAAUAAACGCGGGCCGCUUUCUCUGAAUUUACCAUAAUAUAUAUUAUUAAACAUGAAAUUUUACUGAACAGUGUUUCAAGUCAAGUUCGAUUUAAAUUUAGCCUAGAUAGUCGAUUCUAGGUAAUCUUGCAGUUUAGGUGCGUAUAUUAUUUCUGAUUGAAUUUUGUAUUAUUGCAUGUAAACUUAUGUGUAUUCUUUAUAAAAAUUAGUCCAGACAUUAUUAGUUAGGCAAUGUCUACACGUCGGACGUAUAUCUCCUGCACUAUUUGUCCUGCGACCAAGUCACAUGACCGCCGGAAGAAUACUUUAUCGAGAUCUUCGUCUGGCGACCAAGUCACAUGACCACUGUAACAAAGUGGCGAGAGAUAUUUGUCCGUCAGCCUUGUAAUGUGACCGCGAAUGAUUCAAAACUAUUGUUAAUCUUAAAAUCUAUUUCUCUACCAAGUAAUGUACUGAGUAUCUUGCAAACAAAUAUUAGAAAAAAAUACUUUUACCAAAACAAAAUGGGGGUUAAGUAAUGAUGCAUUCUAGAAGGAAGCAAUGCUGUGAGGGAGAGAAUUACGGUAAUAGAAAAUACGAAUGCUAAAAAAAUAAUAGUGAGGGUGAUAAAUAAUAAAGUUUAAGGCGGGAGGCCGAUAGUUUACAAAGGAAUAGACCCUACAUCUUAAAAUAGGGCUGAUAUAGUGGUAGCCUAGCCUACUUCUCAUGCAAUACUAAUCCUGAAAUACAACUUUAUUGACAUAGGAGUAUUGAAGUCUACUGGUUUUAUUUUAUUUGGUUCAUAUUUUAAGUUUAGGCUUCAAGGUAGAGCUUUACAAGAUGUAUUAACCAAGAUUAAGGACUUUUUUCUUUAAAAUUCUUUUUUUUAAAUUUAGGCUUCAAGGUAGAGCUUUACAAGAUGUAUUAACCAAGAUUAAGGACUUUUUUCUUUGACUUUGAAGAGUGGUAAUCAAAUAGACUUGUAAUAGUAGUAGUAAGAGUACUACUAGUUAGUAUAAAGGCCUACUAGUUUAAUAUUCAAAGUCAAACACUUUAUGUAUCUCAGAGCAUUUGAAUAUAUUAACAUGUUCAGCAUUUAUUUAUUAUCUAGGAAUCGGAAUAUCAAAUGCAAUGCAACUAUUUUGUCGGCGACCACUUGUCACAUGACCUGCCGGAAAAAUAAUGCCUAACAAUCGUCCGGCGGUCACGUGACAUCCCCACAGGCAGUAUAUAUCCCGCACUAUUUGUCUGGCGCGCCGGACAUGUAGACACUUCGUAUUAACACUAACACUAAAUUGUACAGCACUAACUUUUCUUUUUAUUGAUAUUUACAGCCCCCAUUGGUACAUAGCUACAUAGCCGGUAGUGUAAACGAUCUCUCCAUUUUCUUUUUUUUUUUAUUUCACCCUACAUGCCAGAUUGCAAUUUGACAUUUCCCUGUUUUUUUUACGGGUCCCAUAAUUUAGAUGUUAGCUAAAGGGCUUUUAAAGAUGUUCACCCCCACCCCCCCAAUUUCAUUCUUUUUGUGAACAUGCCUACAAUUUGAAAAUUUUGUUUAGUACACAAAAUUAUAGGUGAUCAAAAAUGUGGCAACAGGGUGAAAAAAGCAACAAAACAAAUGGAGCUAUGGAUAGUUGGGGAUGCUUUAGAAAUAAAAUAAAACAAAAAAUAGCGCUGUAUAAUUCAGUAUUAGUUAACUAUUACUACCUGGAUUUAAUUUAAUGAAGAAUACAAGUAAGUUUACAUGCAAUAAUACAAGGUUAAAUCAGGAAUAAUAUAUGUACCUGAACUGCAAGAUUACCCGAUUCUAUUCCUUGUGCAGCGUCAGUGUGCAGCCAGAAUUGACAUGGCAAAAUAAUACCUCAUUUGAUGAAUUUGGUAAAUUUACGCUAUCUGUGUCACUUAUUUGAAUUGAAUUGAAUAUUUAUAUGGUGCUUGUAUCCAUGCUACUAUAGCAUGCUCACAGCGCUCUGAUGUUCUUAAAUCUAUUUAAACAAAAAUGUCUUUUAAUGUUUCUUAAAAGAUUUUUUAUCAUUGUCAAUGUCCCUCAUGGAUUUGGGCAAACUGUUCCAUAAUUUUGGUGCUAUCGCUUCAAAAGAGCGCACUCCGUAAGAUUUUUUUCUGUGUCCAUCCACACUGGGAACUCUCAGUAAGGACUGUGUUGAAGACCGUAGGUUCUUUAAGGAUACGUGUUUAGAAAUCAAUUUAAGGUAUUCCGGUGCUGAGCCAUCUAUACAGCUGUACGCUGUGGACAGAAUUUUUAGUCAAUGCGCUCACUUACAGGAAGCCAAUGGAGAUCUCUAAGAACUGGUGUGAUGUGGUCAGAUUUCUUUAUUUGCGAUACAAUAUGUGCUGCAGUACUCUGUAACUUUUGGAGUCUCUGAAUUUGGUUUUGAGGUAAACCCCACAAACAACUGUUACAGUAAUCUAAUCUUGACUGGAUGAGAGUUACUGCCACGGCAUUGGAUGUUCUCUUAUUGAGUUGAGGACGCAGCUGACCCAGGGCGCGCAGAUGACAGAAGCAUGCCCUGACAACAGAGCUGAUAUGGGGAAUCAUGCUAAGUUUACUGUCAAUAAAAAAGCCAAGGUCUCUGACAGUGGAGGACAACGGGAUCUCAGAUUAACCAACUUUUAUUGAUGUGAUUGGAAACCUUCCGAAGAUUGGCGUCCGAACCACAAAUAAUUGCCUCAGACUUAUCGUCAUUUAAUUUUAGUCUGUUUGAUGAAUUUGUUGCAAUGAACAGCAUUAGUUAAGUAAACAGGAGAUCGAGCUCCUAGGCAACCGCCAAGCUCAAUCAGGUGAAAAAUUGGCUUGCACAAGUGGGCGCGGGCGCAAGAAGGCUUAGAGCUCUAUUUCUAGUCAGUGAAGGGUCGGUGAUAGAUUGCAGUAUGCCAGUCCAAUGCUUUACAAGCAAGACUGCAUUGGAAAAGUUGGGCAGAAUCCAGAAUCAGGCUCUGAAAUUCAUCUGAGGCGCAUUUUCAGGAACACACCCACAGCUUCUGUAGAGGUCUUGGCCAAUGUAGAACCGUUAGAUAUAAGGAGAGAAAAAGCAAUAAUAAGUACUGUAGAGAGGUACCGACGGCUGAACGAGAAAGAACCGUCGUUACGGAUACAGAAUAGCUGGGUGGCAGGCAGGCGACUAAAGAGAUCCUCAUUCAUGCACCAAGUCGUGGAGCUUGAGAGUACAGUCGACCUGCCUCACAAUAGAGAAUGUCUGACCCUAAUCCCAGUCAAUCCGCCAUACACGGAACCCUCACAUCCCUCCAUACAUUUGGCCUUGAUCGAUGCAGCAGUGACGAAGCGCAGCCCUGAACUUGUUCAGAAAGCAACUGCCCUUGAGACCAACAUACCAGUGAAAGUGUUCAUGGAUGGCUCUGCCAACCUGAGAGAAAGAUCUGCUGGGUAUGGUGCUCUCAUGCUGUACCCAGUAGGGGGACCACCUAAUCAAGAACUCUCAGGGCCCUGUGGGACUGCAGCAUCAAACUUUGAUGCAGAGCUUGAGGCUAUACACAGGGCCUUGGAGAGAGUGUAUCACAUGUUGAAAGGGAUGGAGCUUACGGGGCUCGAUGGGAACGUGUACUCAGACUCAAGAUCUGCUCUUGAUAUCUUGGGAAAGAGUUCAGGUACCACUCACCUAGUUGACACGUGUGCAAAAUCGGUGAAAUAGGAGGCAAGGUGACAGUGCAAUGGAUCCCAGGUCACGUCGAUGUCAGUGGAAAUGAGAAAGCGGACACUCUUGCAAAAAUCAGGGCUGCCCAGCCUCAGCCAGAAGUACCCAUAACUUAUUUGGGAAUAAAGAGCUGUCUGGCAGACCAUUUCAGGAUGAAGUGGUACAGGCAAUGGGCAGACAAUACGACCGCCAGAGGCGUCUUUUCAAAUUUCCCACUCCUAGCAAACAAGACCCCAUUGUGGGGGUUAGGCCAUAGACAGCAGAGCUUAGUGACGCAAAUGCGCAUUGUCCCAUAGGCACAUACUUCUGUUGGCUGGGCAACAACAGGGAUCCUAUCUGCUGGCAUUGCCCCCUGGUCCCGGGGGAAGCCAGGGCGGUUGGAAAACCCUUUGUGAGGAAAAUGUUGAAUGGCUCAGCUCACCAGAUGGAGCUGGUAGCCAAUUUACUAGCCGGGGUCAUAAGAGAGUAAUCUCAGACCUUCACCAGAAUAUGUAUGUUAGUUAGUAAAGUAAAAUUGAUUUCAAGAAUCGUAUCCGAAGUUACCUAAGCUUUAAACUCAAUUUAUGCUGAAAACAAUGCAAAAAUUAAUUAUACUUAGACAAUUAUUUAGUAAAAAUUUCAAAAUUUCCCUAGAUGAAAAAGAGAAAAAGCCAAAUGUUGGAGAACUUGAGAAAAGGUAACUAUUGUUGUGAUUUUAUUUAUAUUUCUUAAAGUGAAAGUACAAUAUUUUUAGCUAUACCUUCAUAGUAGAAUAAUCUAACAUUCUCUGCUAGCUUAAAAUACAUUACUUUUGAAUAAAGUCAGAAUUAUCAAUAAACAUUGCACUAUAUUUGGUGGUAUUUACUUGAUCUAGCCUUUUAAAUUCAUCUGUCUCUAAAAGCUCUAUUUAUUUAAAUUCAGAUAAAUCAUAUAACAUACAUAAUCUGUGGCACAACCUUUUCUCUGAAUGUCAAUUUAAAAUUUAAGUUACUUUUGUUGUAAGAUCGGUCACCUUCAAGCACUUAUUCUCUACAGCAUACAGGCAAUAAAGAAAGACUUUGACAAAGAAGCUGGAGAAUUGGUUAGUGCCUGUUUUUUAAAUUUAUGGAUUGGAAUUGGACUUUAUUUAAAUUUAUAUCACCUGGCUGAAAAAGAUACAAAUGGUAUUGGUUUAUAUAGCACCAGGCUGAAAUAGGAUACAAAGGUUGUAGGUUUUAUCAUUGAUUAGUAAAAAUCACAGCUUGUUUAAUCUAAUAACUAGUUUUUACCCUCUUAACCACAGGAAAGUGGAGAGGAUACUGAACGUCCUGUUAAAGAAACAGUAGACAGUGCUGGAGGUGGCGAUAAUGUGCCCAAUGGUGAGGAAGAUGACGACGACGAUGAUGAUGAUGAUGAUAAUGUACAGGUCACAAUUGGAGACAUCAGAACAUGGACUGGCACAGAGUAAGUUCUUCUCAGUGAUUCAAAGUCUGUCAAACCAUGGUUUUGUUUUGUUAUUGCAUGGGAAGGUGAAUUAUCUGCUAUAUGUCAUGUCACAUUAUUUCAUUGGUCUUUUUCACAGCUCUGCACCCAGAAAUUUAUUUAAAAGUGGCCAAAACUAUCAGAAAGCUGGAACAGGUAAGGAUGCUGAUUUAAAUAAUUUUAAAUGUUUAUUUUCACCCUUCUUUAAUUGUUGAAGCAAUACCGUAUCUUGUAAUUUCUGUUUAGAAGCUUGAUUGAAGGUACGUUGUUUAUUAGGCACAGACUUUGCUAUCUACCAAAGUUUUAUUGUUAAAUUAUGUGAAGAAAAAAAAAUGGACAAUGAGAAAUAUUGUUCUCUUAGAUGAAUUAUUGUAUCAAAGUGUUUUUCUUCUUCAUGUCAGCUGUCCCAACUAAGCCUACCCCAGCAGCUAAGGGCCUUGAUAUUGAAGCAGUGGGAACCAUCAAUGGGACACCAGUCUAUGACUUUGAUCUGAAUACACUUAGCACUGAGGACAUGCCAUGGAGAAAACCUGGUGAGCUGGUUGUUUCCUAAGCCUUCAAUAUUCAACUUUAAUAGAGCUUUUAAUCUGUCUUUCAUUUGUGUGUUAGAGCAUUACUACAGCUUGAAUGGGAGACUGUGACAUUGGUGGAUGCUACUUUAAAUAUUUUUAACUUCCUUUGGCAACUUAAAUAAAGAGGAUAAUGGCACUUUAUAAAAGUAUAUAUAUUAGAACAUUAAAUCAUGUCAGUGCUUUCGUACAUAAGAGCUUUUAGUUAAAAUGGACAUUGAAUAAAUACAUACUUAUUAAAAAAAAUGCUGUAUGGAUAUAUUGAAAAUUCCCUGUCAUGAACAUGGGACAUUUAAAAAUGUAACUUGAAAAUGCAGUGUUUGAUUCUUGCGCAAAUAAAAACUAAACUAUUGUACCCAUGACUAGGUGCUGACAUUACGGAUUAUUUUAACUAUGGCUUCACUGAGGAGACAUGGAAGGCAUACUGUGAAAAACAGAAGAUCCUCCGAGCAGAGGCAACAGGAGGAAUAUCUGUUCUUCCAUCAUUACCUAGAUAUGUAAGCCAGUGUUACUGAUAGCAAUUAUCUAACUUAUUUUUCUCACUGAUUUUUGUUUGUUUGAUUAGAAUAUAUAUUCUUUCUCUUUUUUGAUUGCUUUGAUAUGUAUGUACCAUACCAACUUGAGCUGUGAUAUAGAACUUUUUUUCUGUAUGCCUCUGAUAGUUAUGUUCUUUCCCAUAGCUUACAUUAAAAUUCUUUCCAUACAUGUGACAUUUUUUUUGUACCUGGACCCUGAUCUAAUUUGUCAAAAGAAGUUUUUUUGUCUGCAUCUCAUUUAUUGUCUAGGCGUCCCUUUGUUAUUUAAUAUACUGAUGUGCAACUAUUAUACCUUCUAAUUUUUAUCCAUUCUCAGACAAACACAAUAAUUCCAAUCUCUCAUGUAGGUAAGUCUUUAAUUGCUCUGGUGCACAUCCUUAAUUUAUCAUUGUAAGACUGCAAUACAUCCUGGACUAUGUAGAUAUAUCUUUAAAAACUAUCACAGAUUUUAAUUAUAUUUGUCCAUGUAGAUAAAUCUAUGGUUUUUGUUAGAGAUCUCUCACGACUGCUGCCUAAGCCAAUCCGGCCUUUUUGAAGGAUAAAUAGAAUUUACCACUAGAAAAGUAAGUUACCAUUUCUGAUGUUUGUAAACCUGAUGUGAUAAUUUAUUUCCCCCAGAUAAAGUAAUUCCCUCCCCUGUGUCUCAAACUUCAUCCAUCAACACCAUCAAUACAAAUAACAGCAGUGGCAAUAACAACAUCAUCACCAUCGGUGUCAUUGGUGGCAGCACCAGCAGGAGAAAGGAUGAUAUGAGUCACGAACAACCCAUCCCAGUCGCAGGAAACUAGUAAGUUCCAUACCUGCUGUAUCAGCUGUAUUACUUUGGUCUGUGGGCGGCUAGGUGGUUGUGGUGAAACAAUUUUGAAGCAGCAGGUUGGGUGGUGUAAAAAUGAGGCUGAAUUAUUAUUUUUUUGUGUCUUGAUAAAUAAGACACACUUCUACCAUGUAGUGUGUGUUUUUCAUAUGCAUCUAUUAUUUUAUUUAUUAUUAUUUUUUUUUCCAUGUCACAGUAACAGAAGUAUUCCCAUGAAUUUCAACCAGCCACCGCCAUCCCUCCCCAACACUAACAUCCCUCCACCUGGUAAGAGAUGUUAAUUUAUCUUUAUAGCUGUGUUCAGUGAUCAAGGGAUCACUAUCACUUAUUUGUUAUAUAAGAUAACUGUGGCGCAUUGGUAACGUAGGUAGCCUAGCAAACAAGAGGUAGUGGGUUCCAAUUAGUCAGAGGUAAAAUAGUCUGUCAAAUAGACUCAUUGCCCCAAUAAGACAGCUGUUCUUGUGGAGUAGGAGAUACUGAGAAAAGAAAACUCUUCUAGAAGCUGACUAGGUCAAAAAUUGCAUUUUACUUCAGUUGGGAUUAAUACACAUUACAAAAUAGUUAGUUAAAUGGCUGUAAUCUUAGCAGUUAGUUAUGUUAUGUUUACAUUUGCCAGAGUAAUUCCAGAAGAUCUUUUAAUUAUGUGUCUCAUCCAAUAAACAAACAUUUUGAAGACAAGGGACAUUUUACUUCCUUCUGAUUUUAGUGUAUAAGUGAUAUUAUUGUAUAUGAUACAGUAACUUUCAUUGGGAAUUUAACUUCUUGAAAGUAUAUCAAUAUCUGCUAUAAUUACUGUGAAUUAUUUAUUUCCCUCAGGAAUGGCUAUUCCACCAUUUGGAGCUCCUCCCCCUACUUUUGAUAGUAAGUAGUGUGUUCUUUUAAAACAUGUAUUUUAUUUAAACUGUUUUCGAUUUAUUUUAAUUCUAAAACCUGAAGUUAAAAACAGAAGAUUAUUCAUUACUUUGAUUUUUUUUUAAAAAAGAAAUAAUUUUUAACAUGACCAGCUCACAAAUCACUUGAUAAAGUUUUUAUUUUUCCAGCUUACUACCAUCCUCCUACCUUGCCCACUCCAGGACCUGGCACCUACGGAGGAGCCUUCCCGCCAACUUUUCCACCACCAUUUGGGGAUCCUCACCCACCUCCAGUAACUCCUCAACAGCAAUGGGACACCAGGUAUGUUAAUUACCAAAUAGUUUUGACAGUUUGCACCUGUUUUUACCCUCCAUUUACUAACUGACACUUCGAGAGAUUUAUUAUAAUCACCAUCAUCAUCCUGAUAUUGUGGUGACAAUAAGUGAGCUUCUUCCUCAGCUGGCCUGAUAAGUGUGAGUCCUUUAAACAUCAGAGCAGGCCUAAUAAAAUAUGUUCCUUGGACAGAUAUUACUGCUUCAUUCUCACCAUGUGCAUCACUUCAUAUUCAUGUUCACUUAAGUAAACACAAAUUUAACUAAAGGUAUUAUUUUAUAAUUAUAUUAGUUCUUCCACUGAGUUUAUUUCCAAUUCAGACCUUGUAAGAACAUAACUCUAUCAAAUAAUUGAUAUUGAUAAAAUCAUCCUAUACAUAAGUGAUUUUUUGCUCUUACACCCAUGGUGUAAUGAUAUUAAUAAUACUAUCUAAGUUAACCAGUGUCUGCCUAAUAAUGUAAGAAGAUAGUUGGAAAUAAAGCCUUUGCAUGAAAAAAAAUAAUUAAAAAAUCCUGUAUUACAUAUAAUAAAACUAAUACAAAUGGUAAAAUGGAAAAUCUUUAUGAAUAAGCCUAUUUAUAAUAAUUUAAAUAUUAUCUUUAUGACUAAAAUAUAUUUUCUUAAUUGAAUUUUUUAAAGAAUAAGUCAUUGUCUACAACCUAGAUCUAAUAUCAGGCAUUGUCCAACACUCAGCUGUUUAGGCUUGAAGCCAUCUACCUUCUUGCAAUUCUGUGUUGUUUUGUUCAUUGCACAUUUGUACUCAAAAUAGUAACACUCACUGCAAUUUCAAAAAUUCGCUCUGCUUUAGUUGGAAUGCAUUUUUGAUGUAAAAUAGAGAUGGAAAAAAAGGAUAUUGGAUAUCUCAAAACCCCAAAAAUAAUUGACAUAUAAGAUUAACAUUUUAGUAAUCAUUGUUUGUACCCUAGUAUCAUAUACGGGGAAAUAGGAAACAAAUAUUUAAAAAGAAUGAAGCUAAAAAAAUUUUUAAAAUAUACUUAGAUUACAUAUAUAGAUACACACACAUGAAACUAAAAUUGAGAUGCAAGAAUUCUAAUAAGCUUAUGAUUAGAGGCAUCAUCUAGUGUUUCCAUGUUGUGCAGUAAAUUUGCAGUUGCUAUUAAAUGGCUUACAAAUUGAUGGUUAGUGGGUUGAGGCUAAAGUCUAGUAUUCACAGUGAAAUGUUUCAACUGAUAUCAUGUAUGAAAUAGGAAAGGUCGCAGACAUGGGUGAGUUCAUUUCUACCCCCUUUCACUUCUGGGUCCUGGUAAAAUUUCUCAUCAUUUUGGCAGCCGUGUUUCAUUCUCAUAUAAAGUUUGUUCUGUAUGUCCUGCAAUUCUUUUCUUUACAAAAUUUGGAGAUAUUUUUUUUACAAAUGGAAAGAAACAUGUUAUUGCCAAUGCAUGAAUGGUUCUUGUGUUACUUAAUAGGGGAGGGCUUCCUCAAUUUGGGUAAGUCAGACUUACUUUUUUGUUAUUUAAUUCUUUAUCUACAUUAGAAUUUGACAACCUUUUUUUACAGAGUUGAGAGCUGUUUUAAAAUAACAAGAGUUUUGAAAUUUUAAGAGAACAAAAAACAUGUCACUGGAAAGAAACCAUGCACAUGUGAUCUGGAUGAUUUUUAAUGAAAUAUUUUAUACAUUGCCAGUGAACAUAUCAUUUCACUGUAAACAAAAUUUUUUAAUUUUUUUUCAUUUAAAUAGAUUUACAUAAGAAGUCUUAAUUCCAUUUUUUCCCUUAUACACUUUUAGCUGUUUUGUUUUUGUAUUGGUAUUUUAUGAAAAUGAAAAGCUUUCUUUUUUAUAACUAAAGCAACAGUUAAAAACAAAAAUUUCUUUUUUUUUAUUGUUCAUUGUUAUGUGUUUGUUCUCUGUGAUGUACUUUAUCACAAGGAUAUUCUUUAGGAAAAUUGGACAAGAUGUUAAAUUUGAGUGUUCUCAUGUUUUGUUGAUAUUGUCUUCAGGUUUUUCUUUCCUUGGCUGGGCUUGCUACUGACUUUGGAGACAUAACCCUCUUCAUUGCCCUUCAUUGCUCAUUAGGGAAACAAAACACCUGUGUAUUUCUAUGGCAAAUUAAAACAUCUCUGUCCCCUAAUUAUCUCACUCAAGCAAGUCUUUCAUUUCUAUUUCAAUACAAAAUUUUUUAAUUGAGAGGCAGUUUUUAUUUGAGACAAUAUGAAUCCAUAUUUUAAGCAGCAGUAUUUAGCAGUUUAUAAAUAUGUUUGUAGAAAAAAAAAUUGACAAGAGUAAACCAAGCUUUUUCUAAUAAAUUGCAAACUAAAAUUAUUAGUGUACUCACUAUAAUAAUUUUCAUAACCAUGAGACAUAUUAAAUUUACUCACAAUCACUAUUUGCUUGCCCACCAGAAUCUGUUUCAUGUUAAUGCUAGUGAGAAUACAGGUCAUUUGGACUUCUCAAAUUAAUAAUUUACCCACUUAUGUUCAAUAAAAACUGGUUGCAUAUUGUUGUAUUACCUACUUGGACAUUUCAUUCUGAGUAAAAAUGGAAUGAUUAUUGUUUCAAAUUUUGGCAUUUUGACUUUGUAAUACUGCUAUAAAAUCAAGAAAAUGAUAUAAGAUAAGAAUAUAUAUUCUUUUAUUGAUCCAAUUAAAUGGAAAUGUUUUUUUUUUAAAUUGCUUUGUACAUAUUCAAUUUCAGCUCAUAAAUAAAUACAUAUCUUAACCAAACAACAUUUACAAUUAAAACAAUUUAAAUAUACAAGACAUCUGAAGUAUUUCUCAAGCUUAAAAAAUCAGCCAUCAUAUACCAUAAAACUUCUUAGUGCCAAUAAUGACUUAAAUUAGUGAUCAUUUUAAUUUAGAUGUUGUAACCUCUGGGGAGGAUGCUGGUAAAUUCUGACAGACCGGGGAACUUAAGAAUUUUGAUAUCUUCUGGUUCUAACUUUAAAGGGAAUGAAUUCACUCUGAUUGAGCUGAUCUUAGGUAUCUAUAAUGAAGAGGGUGGGAUCUAUCAAUCAAAUUUUUUUUUAGUUUUACAACAGCAUUUUUCUUCAAAUAGAUUUUUAGUUUGUGUGAUAUUACUAGCUUUCUUGAUUAAUCUAUUUGAUCUUUGUUUAAUGUCAGAUGAAUUCCCUAAACAACGGGUGGAAGAAAGCCUCUCUGUCCUCUUGUCAUGUAUUUCCCUCAACUGCCCCCCUUUCUACCAUGAUUUCUUCAUCUCACUCAUGUGCCGAAUGAUGUUUUGGGGGGUAGGGGUGGGUAACAUAUCCAUUAGCACUUGAAUGAAAACAGAACAAAAUAAAGCAUGUGAAACUAUGUAAAUAAGCUGAAAAAAUGUAAGGAAGUAAACAAGUUGCCUGCUGUGUGUUACGCCAGAAGUUAUUUUUAACAUUACUUUGUGCAUCAAAAUGUUUUCAUUUUUUAAAAAUAAGAAAUAAUCCUGCGUGAAGAUUUGAUUUUUAGAAAACUACUUAUAUGCUAAUGUCUUGAAGGCAAAGUGAAAAGAAUUUAUACAAAUAUUUUAGUCAUAACUCAUGAUAAUAACAAAUAAUUUUUUUAUUUAUAACCGGUGCUAGUAUAAAAGUAUAAUUGAAUUUUAAAAGGAAUUAAUUUAUCCUCUUUCUUUAGUUUUCCAGAUCGUUGGGAUCCAGGACGACGAGAAAGAAAUGUAAGAGAAAGGAGUCCUCGCAGGGAUGACUAUGAAGAUAGGUAUGUUUGUUGAUAUUAGCCAUGUUGUUGACAAACGGAAGAGACCUACUUUACAACUGGAGAUGUUCUCGAAGUGCAUUGUAUUUACCUCAUAAUCUGCGCCCUGACUUAAUUAAGUGAUUUAAAAUGAUUUAGUUCCUUAUAAUACAGCAAAAGUGGCAAACACUAACAUUUUAACUAAACAAAGUCAUUCAUUUUCUAUUUAUUGCAUUACAACAGAUAAACAUGGAUGAAGUACCUGAUUUCUAAUACAUGUUUUAUUUUGCAGGCUGUUCAGAGAGCGAGAUCGAGACUGGGACAGAGACAGAGAUACAAGGGAUAGAAGUAGAGAAAGAGACAGAGACAGAAGCAGAGAAAGGGAGAGAGAUAGAGAAAGAGACAGGGAACGUGACAGGGAUAGAGAUCGUGACAGAGAUAGGUCAAGAUCAAGGGAAAAAGAAUCCUCAAGAAAUCGAGACAGAGAGACUUCGCACAAUAGGGAUUCAUCUCGUGUGAAAGACCGGGAUGAUAAACACAAGUCCUCACGCAGGUUUGAUUUCUUUUCACUUUCCAAACUUUCAGGCUGUUAAGUUUGUAACUAGGGUUGAGGUACCGGCUGAUUGGCUAGGGUUGAGGUAAAACCUUACUGACUUAGGUUAAGGGACAACUUUACUGACUUGGGUUAAGUUACAACCUGAUUGACUAGGGUUGAGGUACAACUUUACUGACUUGGGUUGAGGUACUGAGGUACAGCCUUAUUGACUUGGGUGGAGGUUUAAAAAAAAUAUUAACAUUUAAUCCAAAAGUCUCAAGGAGCUUAUGCUGCUCACCCAGUUUUGGCUUUAAUACUUACUUACCCAUAACAUUUCCAUACAUUUUAUAUUUGUCCUUUAAAUUUUUACCCUCCAAUGUUAGCAAAAAAAUUCUACUUUUUUCUCUCCAGAAAACAUAGAGACAGGGACAGAGAGGAGUCUGAUUCUGAAUCUACAAGAAGUGGGGGGAAACACAAAAAAAGCAAAAGACGUAAAGAAGAAAAAGAUGAUGAACCUUCAGCCCCAGGGACAGAAGAAGACAAAUCAAAAGAUUGAAAUGCAUGAAUUGUGCUCUAAAUUGUAGUUAAAUAAAUUGCUAUUAAAAAAAGAUAAUCAAACAAGAUAUGCUUGCUUUCAAGUUAUUCGUGCCAGCUUGCUGGCAUUUUUUACAGUUACUAUAUCUUUUAAAAUAGAAUAAAUAAGAUACAUUUUCCUAGAAGCACCUAAAGCUGUUUUCUUAAGUAAGCUGUGCAAAGGACAGCAGAAUAGAGUUGGCCCUGAAAAGCUUUCCAAAGACUGUUAAAAGCAUCAGUUGACAUUAGUAGACCUUGAAGUAACUGGAGACUUUGUCCAUGAUAGUUACGGCCUUAAUAAAAAAACUGUCACACUGAUAUUCAAUAUUCACCGUUGAGAGGCAGAUAAGAGACACAGAUAAAGAAAGAGGGCUGCUGACUGCCCACCAGUAAAUGAUGUCUUUGACUGCCCUAUUGCUAUGAGUCUGCAAAUCCAGAAUUGGCUAUGAUUAAGAUAUUAAAAAAUAUGUGUAAAAAAUGUUUACAAUGUUUUUUGAUUCUCUAAGGAUGGAUUACAAACAAGAUUUUCUUUUCAGCAAAAAUAUUUCAAACCUAGAAAAAUUGAUAGAAUUUUCAUGUCUCUAUGAACUAUAAUAAAAACGUGUUGAUAUCAUUUAACUGAUUCCUAAGCAUUGCUCA